AUGGAUAAAAUUUCUGGUGAAAGCACUAAAAUUUGUAGCAAAACUGAAGAAAAGUGGUGCUGCUGCCCUAGUGAGACCCAAAAUUGCUGCAAUUCUGAUGAUAAAUAAUGUUGUGUCGGUUCAGGAGAAGGAUGCAUAUAUGUAUGCUGCAAGUGUUGUAAGGUUCAAGCUGAAUGUAAAUGCGGACCUAAUGCUAAAUACUGUUGUAUAGAUCCCAAUACUGGAAACUGUUGUGUUUGUAAAACUAAAUUUUGUAGUAAAUCAGAUUCUAAAGAAUGCUGCCCUGGAGGUAGUUGCUGA